AUGCCGGCUCCGUGUUUGGAAAACGCAACUGCGCAAGGGCGUUACGCCCCGCCCAUGGGAUCCAACAUUCCAGGUGCCACUGACACUACGGACCUGGGCUGCAGGUACGGCAACCCACAGAUGUGGGCUCACUGCGGAGUUUGCUGCGGCAUCCGCCCGCAUUUCAACUGGGUCAUCGGAACCUGCGAGGAGACGCAGGGCACGGGUCAGUUCUGUGCCAAUCUGCCCGACUGCGUGAUCAACGGGUCUCCGAAGAUCAAUUAUGUGGCUGCAUACCAAUACAAUGGUCAGGAGUUUGUUCUCAUGGCGGACUCCACAGUUGGCGACAUUGAUGAAGAAGGUGUGCAUGGCAAUUUCUGGUAUGGUACUGGUUUUGCAGUUCGCAACACAUCGUUUCGAUGGAGUGCUGGCGACUGGACAACGAAGUACGCUCCGUGGGCACGGGGUUUGGGAGCCGAUGGCCCGCGCAACCUGGCGGCGUGGAUGUUUCCGACGUUGUCAUGA